AUAAAAAGCCGUGCGUUACGGAAGAUGUCAUCACUGUGACGUUUAUUUUCUACGUACAAACAUGUCGAUAGUAUUGAGAAGCUUGUGUAUCGUUGCCUGUGCUCUUGCAGUUUGCGCAAAUCCGCAGAAAAACGUUAACAUCCAAUCACGAAUCGCUGGUCCUCACACCGCUGCUACUGCAGGUCAAUUUUCGUAUAUGGCGUCAAUUAGAUCCACAUCACUGACAUCAUUAACCAGGUCACAUAUAUGUGGUGGAUCCGUCAUUGCUGCUAAGUGGAUUUUAACCGCAGCACAUUGUCUUUGUAAUGAGUACAUAAAUCAAAUACUAGACUUAGUGGCUUCUUUAUUACCACCUGCAUUGCCUGUAGUCAAAAUACUGAACAAGAUGGUGUGCCAUGCAGUUGAUCCACGUAAACUUACGGUUGUUACAGGCUCAAAUUACCUGAACGCAGGAGGAACUGAAAUUUCAGUGCAGAGUGUUGCGCAGCAUCCAGAUUACGAUUCUCAGUUGAUCAUAAACGACAUCGCCGUGAUAGAAUUGAAAUCAGAAACAACAGCUACUCGGAUACUAUUGUCAGGAGUCGUACCGAUCAAUACGAUAUUUUUACUCAGUGGCUGGGGACUCGAGAGUGGAACUGCUACCAUCCUUCCAAAUGAACUACAAACAGCAGAACUCGAUCAAAUGGACACACUUAUUUGCGAAGCAGUAAUAACUGCUGCCGUUCCUAGUGCUGUUGUGAAUGACAAUAAUCUUUGUUCAUACGAUGAAUCGUCCCCUUGUCCUGGUGAUUCAGGUAGCCCAUUAACGGCCGUCCUUUCUCUAUCUGCUGGUGCAGCUAGAGUUCAGGUUGGCAUUGUUUCUUAUGGCAUUUCGACUGAAACUUCGGUAUGUGACAAUGACUAUCCUUCUAUAUACACGAACGUGCCAAGAUUCUGCAGUUUUGUCUAUAAUGCAACUGGAGUGAACUGCGUGGUGUAGUUGGUAAAAAAAGGUUACAUUUGGAACAUCGCGUUUACAUUCUCGAUUAAAUUUUAAUUUGAAGCCCAUGUUUGGUAAGACCGGGAAACUAGCAAGCAAUUUCGGAUAGCAACAUACCGUCAAAACAGCGCAAAUUCUUUUUUUUCACCGCAUUUAAUCGUAGAUUAUGGGGCCGGCCGGUGUAAUAUGAACAAUUACCAGACCACCCGUCCAUGGUUCUUUCGGUACUAAUUGUAAUUGACGGUAUGUGCUAUUAGAAUUGCUCGUUUGUUCUCAGUAGUUUAACACGUCACAAUUACAUUGUUCAUU